GCGCGUGUGUGUAUGUGAGUGUGUGUGAGCGUGAUCUAGUUUAGUAUCUGCUCCUCCUCCUACGGCAGUAUGAGAACAGCGCAGAUCGUGUGAAGACAGCGACCGCGACUAGAGAGUUCACUCUGCGUGAGGUUACGAGGACUGCUUCACAAUGAGGAGGGGAAACAACCUGGCUGCAGCGUUGUGGAGAGGGACAUGACGACAUCUCACAUGCAGACGUUGGACCUUUGAACUGACGAUUUGGAGGCUAAAGUCAAGGAAUCUCUCUCUGCGAAUGAGGAUCCUCAGAGCUGACCGACGGCACGUGAGCUUUUUACAUUCAACCGCACCUGGACCUAUUCUCCUGCUAAUAAGGAGUAUAUCAGGAGGAUUCAAUAAAUGGACUGUCCGUGGGCUUUGGACAACACCAAAAAAAAGAAAAAGGUACUUUGCAAGUUGAUUUGUAAUUAACACGGAAAGAUACAUGCCAAGCAAAGGAGUAACUUUGGUUUCAGCCUAUAUUUUAUUGGAGGCUGAUAGAACAGUACUAUUCGGCAUGCCUGAUAUUCACUACAUUUAACCGCUACACUACGGCAAAAACAAACAUGGCAAACCUCCCGUGUAACCAAAGCGAUUCCUUCAAGCACACCCUGUACAGCACCUCGUUCAGCCUGGUGUUCUUCGUCGGACUGCUCUUCAAUAUAGUUGCUAUAUACAUAUUUGCCUGCACUUUGAAGUUGCGCAAUGAGACAACCACGUACAUGAUGAACCUGGUCUGCUCAGACCUGCUCUUUGUUCUCACUCUGCCCUUUCGGAUCUACUACUUCGUCAAAAGAGAGUGGCUGUUUGGCGACAUUGCGUGCAAGCUCUCCGUCUCGCUGUUCUACACCAACAUGUACGGCAGCAUCUUCUUCCUCACCUGCAUUAGUGUGGACCGCUUCCUGGCCAUCGUUUACCCCUUCCGCUCGCAGAUCAUUCGCACCAAGAGGAACGCGAAGGUGGCCUGCUGCGCGGUCUGGGUGGUAGUCCUGUCUGGGACUCUGCCCACCGGGUUCCUGAUGGAGACCUCCUCCGAAUCCAACAAGAACUCCUCCAAGUACUGCUUUGAGCAGUACUCACGCGAGCAGUGGAAGGACGAACUGUCCAAGGUGGUGAUCUUCAUGGUGACCGUGGGAUUCCUGCUCCCGUUCAUGCUCAACGUGUACUGCGCCGUCAGGGUGCUAUUGACCUUGAGGAAGCCGCAAACCCUCAGCCGCGGAGGUGCCCUCAACAAGACUAAGGUCUUAAGAAUGAUCCUGGUCCACCUCUUCAUCUUCUGCUUCUGUUUCAUCCCCUACAACGUCAACCUGGUGUUCUAUUCGCUGAUGAGGACCAAAGCUCUGAAAGGCUGCUAUGCGGAAACUGUGGUGAGGGCUAUCUAUCCUGUGGCCUUUUGCAUAGCCGUGACAAACUGUUGCUUUGACCCCGUCAUAUACUACUUCACCUCAGAAACAAUCCAGAACUCCAUCAAGCGCAAGUCUGUAGCAGUGCGCGAUAAGGUCUCUCAAGCAUUGGUAAUGGACAACGAUAGUGGGACUUUAACCAGAAACUUUGGGACACUGAGAAACAAACUGUUCAACAAUGAGUCUUCUGUCUGAAUUGCACAAAAACAUGUUCCUUGCACUGAAUUUGGUGAAGCUCUUUAAAGAGCACACCUAAAUAGAGUGCAGUGAUUGUACCGUACAGAGGUUUAUCACCUUAUGUCAUCAGUAUUACAUUUCACUAGCAAAUAAAUUGGCCAGCAGAAAAGAAAAAACCCGAACAGGAACUGUAAAACUGAGUUUUUCCUCAAGUCAUAGGAGAUGGAUACUGAAACGUGAUGAAUAUUUUCACAAACAAAUGUGAAGACAUUGUAAACCCCAACACAGGGUGGCUCACCUUUCCUUAUACCUCUUUAAGGGAAUGGUUUGUUAAGUGAAUAAGGGGAAGAUAACUGCCGUUGAGAUUGUUUUUCAUUGUCAGCCAUUUUAAGCAUGCUCGAAUGAGUUCUAUUGGCUGGGGGGAGUCCUUUACUGCCCAGACGUGUCUGAGUGAGUCUGAGUUGGACUUUCAUCGCCAUCCCGCCAAUGCGACAUCAUUAACCAUAUGUGCCAAUCUUAUAUCCCUCUUCCAGCUUGCAUCAUGUAGAUUGUUCUACCCAACUUGACAACUCAAAUCAAAGCUGACAUUUACAUCAGCUUUUUCUGUGUUGUUCUCAAAGACCAUCGUAUUGUCCAAACAAUGUCACCAAUGUUUUCUUUUAAAUUAUUCCACCUGA